UCUGGUGAUCAGUGCACAAAAUGAAUGUGAACCGCCUCAUGCCAACAAACAAAGAAAAACGUCUGGCGGUGCCCAGCAGGUUUAGCAAUAAUAAUUAGGUGGUAUGGACAGGGUGUGUCUCCUUCUGUAGUGUUAUUCGAAAUGAUUGGCACUCACAACGCCCAAUAGUCGUAUCAGUUGCAAUCGAGACGAAGAAACGCUGCGAGGAGAGUGUCCAGCAAGAUGUCCUACGUUGAUUCUCACCAUCAUUUCUGGGAUCUGGAGAAGUUCCAGUACGAUGGGUUCCCGCCGAAAGACACCGUCCUUCGCCAAACCUACCUGUUUCCUGAUCUGAAGGCGGCCAUUGCCGACACGCCGGUCAAGCACACGGUGUUUGUGCAGGUGUUCCAUGGGUACGAGGAGAACGCUUGGAUCCUGAAACUGGUGGAGGAUGUCCCAACCGUAGCUGGUGUUGUUGCAUGGGUAGACCUUACCGACCCAAAGGUCGGUGAUCUCAUUGACAAUCUGAAGACGCACUCCAAGUUCUGUGGUAUUCGUCAUAUCAUCCAUGACGAAGCAGAUCACAACUGGAUCUUGAGAGAAGAUGUCCGACGUGGUUUGGGUGUGUUGGAAGAGAAAGGCGUGACGUUCGAUCUCCUAUUGAGACCGCCCAACCUGCCAGCAAUCCCAGCUAUUGCAAAAGAGUUCCCCAAGUUAAAAUUUGUCAUUGACCACAUUGCCAAGCCGCUCAUCAAGGACGGCGUGGUGCAACCCUGGAAGGACGACAUCACCAAGUGCGCCGUGUUCCCCAACGUCUACGUAAAGCUGUCUGGUUUUGUGACUGAAGCCAAUCAUGCCUCAUGGACCAUGUCCGACCUCCAGGAUUACGCAACAUACAUCAUCGGGCUGUUCGGUGCGGAGCGCACCAUGUACGGGUCUGACUGGCCCGUCUGUCUGCUGGCGGCCGAUUCCUACGCCAAAGUCUAUCAGGCCUAUCACGACCUGGCCGUUGCCGCGGGCUGCAGUGACGCCGACCUGCGGCGCAUUUUCCGCGACACCGCCGUCGACUUCUACGGCUUGAAACUCCCGUCCUAGGCCGCUGGGUAGCCUGCACGUGUUACCCGCGGUGCCUCGUCCUAUGUUGAAAUCACGAGGAGAAUACACGAGUACUCUCUCCUCUUAGCAGUCCUACCGGUACUUACCACCUUCUACAUGUAGUGACCUCCACUACAGUGUUGUGUAGUUUUUUAAAUUUAAUUAUGCUCUGCUCCUAUGUCACAUGACAUUGGAGCCCUAUUAGGCAUUACCUACGAACCACAAGCUAUUAGCGACAUGUUCGAAACGAAACGACUCGCCCACUUUGGGACGUGGUCAUUAGACUCUUCCGUUUUGUCAGCACCCUAGACCGAAGCGGCAUUAUUUGCCUGCUGAUCACAAGUUUGUUGAUUGACCUUUCUAGAAUGACCAGCUUGUACCACCAGGUUUCCUUGACCGGUAAUAGCCUGUCCGUCCUGGCCCACAGCCACCGUCAAUUCAAUUUUAUUUUAUUUUAGCAUUCCUCAGCGAUGUCGCCCCUUGCCGUCAGCUGUCCUGGCUCCUUUUAAUCUUCUACACUCUAGUAUCAGCUGCUGUUCCUUCUCAUUCUUUCUUCUGUGCUGCCCCUUUUUCAGAUACUUUAGGAGCCCUGUGUGUGUGUGUGUGGUGUGUGGUGUGGUGUGUGUGUGUGUGUGUGUGUGUGUGUGUGUGUGUGUGUGUGUGUGUGUGUGUGUGUGUGUGUGCGUGUGCUUUACCGUUUUCACCGUUUUUCACCAAUGUAGAGAUAAGAGUUGUCCAAGACCCUUCUAGGGUCUUAUUAUUUUUAUAAGUUUGCAUUCCAUGAUCCAAGAUAAGAAAGAAAUUAUUUUUUUGUUUUGCCCCGA